GCGGCCCUUUACGAGCGCAGCCUGGAACUGCGAGAAUGCCGCAGCCGGUUGUCCCAGUACGAUGCCACGUAUUCCUUCACGUCACCACUACCGAAGAGCGCCCUACCCAUCUCCUCAACGCGGGGCAGCCCAGCUGGUGCUGUGUCCGGCUGCGACUCCGUCAUCAUCUCCCUGGACUUGUAA